GGCUGCAGCGCCAUGGCGGACUGGGCCCCGAGCUGGUGCUACGUGCAGGGCGGUUCCAAUUGCAACCAGGCCCUGAACUCCACCGUGGUCGGCGAGACGCGCAAGUGGCGCGUGCGCGGCUCCUGCAUCUGCAUGGCGGGCUGCAGCGCCACGGCCGACUGGGGCCAGAGCUGGUGCUACGUGCAGGGCGGUUCCAAUUGCAACCAGGCCCUGAACUCCACCGUGGUCGGCGAGACGCGCAAGUGGCGCGAGUGCGGCUCCUGCAACUGCAUGGCGGAAUGGAACUACGAUGGCGAUGCCGACGGGGUCAUGGAGUCGCACGAGGGCUGCAACGCUCUGGACUCCACCUUGGUCGGUGAGACGCGCAAGUGCACGAGCGCGGCUCCUGCCAACUGCAUGGCGGAGUGGCACUGCGUUGGCGAGUCCGGCGGGGUUAGGGCAUCGUACGAGGGUUGCAGCGCCACGGCAGACUGGGACCAGAGCUGGUGCCACGUGCAGGGCGACGCGUACUGGUGCGAGUGCGGCUCCGGCAUCGGCAUGACGGAGUGGAACUACGAUGGCGACGCCGACGGGGUUGCGGAGUCGCACGUAGCCUGCAGCGCCACGGCCGACUGGGACCAGUGCUGGCGUUACGUGCAGGGCCGUUCCAAGUGCAACCAGGCCCUGAACUCCACCGUGGUCGGCGAGACGCGCAAGCUACGCGAGUGCGGCUCCUGCAACUGA